AUGACUGACGUUCUCGGCUACGUGACCGAUGUUCUCCAAAAUAUUCAAGAUGGCAACUUAGAAUAUUGUAAGAAUUUGAAAUAUCAGGGCCAGCCUAGUGCGAAAAUAGAACAAUUUAAUACAGUUUUGAAAGGCUUGUUAGAGCGCCAUAUAUAUUGGGAGAAAGAAGUGGCUUACUAUAAAUCUUUACUUAGUGAAAAUGAUUCUGUAAUUAUAAUAAAUGAUAACAGAAUACCAGCUACUUCGGAGGAAGAAUCUUCUCAAGUAACAGUAACAAAUCCAUCAGCUGCCAUUUCUAUUUCUCCAGAUAAAUAUGAAACACUUCGUAAUCAUAUUAUAUCAUUUUCACAUAAACCGGCCGAUACGUUUGAUUCUGAAAGUGAUCCUGAAACUCCCCCCGCAUUGGAACAUGAUAGAAUCUGUCAAGAUUGUUUAACCCAAUGUACAAAUGUAGCUCUAGCUGUUUCUAACGGUGAUUUCAAACAACGUAUAACAUGUCCUUAUGCUACCGGUUCAAUGCUUACUUUAAAGAAUGCAAUGAAUCUUAUGGCUAAAACAAUUGAUCAUGUCUCUGUUGAACUCAUUCGUAAUGCUCGUGAAGUUGGUGAAGAGGGUAAACUAGGUGUUCAAGCACAAACUCAAAACAUUGAAGGUGAUUGGAAAGAAAUGAUGGUACACUUGAAUAUGAUGGCCAGUAAUCAUUCAGAACAAGUACGAGAUAUUGCUGAGGUAUGUACCGCAGUAGCUCAUGGCGAUCUAAGCAAAAAGAUAACUGUCGAAGUUAAAGGAGAAACACUUGUAUUAAAGAACACUAUUAACACUAUGGUUGAUCAAUUAAAUUCUUUUGCUUCGGAAGUUACCCGAGUAGCUCAUGAAGUAGGCACUGAGGGUAAACUUGGUGUGCAAGCUCAAGUUCAAGGUGUUGGUGGAACAUGGAAACUUUUAACUGAUAACGUUAAUACAAUGGCUGCUAAUUUAACCGCUCAAGUUCGUGAUAUAGCUGAUGUAUCUAAGGCUGUCGCAAGAGGGGAUUUAAGUAAAAAGAUAACGGUCGAUGUAAAAGGAGAAAUUUUGGAUCUUAAAAAUACAAUUAAUACUAUGGUUGAUCAAUUACAAACAUUCGCUACAGAAGUAACUCGUGUAUCACUAGAAGUAGGUACUGAAGGCAAACUAGGUGGUCAAGCUAAUAUUAGAAAUGUCGGUGGAAUAUGGAAAGACCUUACGGACAAUGUAAAUCUUAUGGCUUCCAAUUUGACCAAUCAAGUGCGUGAUAUUGCUACUGUUUGCAAAAGUGUGGCUUGUGGUGAUCUUAGCAAGAAAAUAACAGUCCAAGUCCAAGGUGAAAUCUUGGAAUUAAAGAUUACUAUAAAUACGAUGGUGGAACAAUUACGUAUGUUUGCUGCUGAGGUUACUAGAGUUUCUCGAGAAGUGGGAACUGAAGGUAUGCUUGGUGGUCAAGCAGAAGUUCAAGGUGUUGCUGGCACUUGGAAGGUUUUAACGGAUAACGUAAAUACUAUGGCCUCUAACUUAACGGCACAGGUGCGAGAUAUUGCUACAGUUUGUAAAAGUGUUGCUUGUGGUGAUCUUAGCAAAAAGAUUACCGUUGACGUUAAAGGAGAAAUUUUAGAUUUAAAAAAUACCAUAAACACUAUGGUUGAUCAACUGCAAACAUUUGCAAUUGAAGUUACUCGUGUCUCUUUGGAAGUGGGUACUGAAGGAAAAUUAGGUGGUCAAGCUGUUGUUAAAGACGUUGGUGGAACAUGGAAAGAGCUUACAGAUAAUGUAAAUAUAAUGGCUGCUAAUUUAACUACUCAAGUACGAUCAAUUGCUGAAGUUACUACUGCAGUCGCUAGGGGAGAUUUAAGCAAAAAGAUCAUUGUAGACGUAAAAGGCGAAAUUCUUGAUUUAAAAAAUACUGUUAAUUCUAUGGUAGAUCAACUACGUAUGUUUGCAGCAGAGGUAACACGUGUAGCACGUGAAGUUGGUACGGAAGGAAUUUUAGGUGGUCAAGCUCAAGUUAAGGACGUUGGUGGAACAUGGAAAGAGUUAACAGAUAAUGUCAAUACGAUGGCGAAUAAUUUAACAGCUCAAGCUGUUGCACGUGGAGAUCUUAGCAAAAAGAUUACUGUCGACGUCAAAGGAGAAAUAUGGGAUCUUAAAAAUACUAUAAACACUAUGGUAGAUCAACUACAAACAUUUGCCACAGAAGUAACACGUGUAUCUCUGGAAGUUGGAACAGAAGGGAAAUUAGGUGGACAGGCUGUUGUGAGUGAUGUUGAAGGAACUUGGAAAGUUUUAACGGAUAAUGUUAAUAUAAUGGCUGCUAAUCUAACAACUCAAGUUCGAUCUAUUGCCGAGGUAACGACAGCUGUUGCAUGCGGUGAUCUAAGUAAAAAAAUAACUGUAGAUGUUAAAGGAGAAAUACUAGAACUUAAAAAUACAGUUAAUUCUAUGGUAGAUCAAUUACGUAUGUUCGCAGCCGAAGUAACACGCGUUGCUCGUGAAGUUGGUACUGAGGGAAUGCUAGGUGGUCAAGCUGUUGUUAAAGACGUUGGUGGAACGUGGAAAGAGCUUACAGAUAAUGUAAAUAUAAUGGCAUCUAAUUUAACGGCUCAAGUUCGUGAUAUCGCUACUGUGUGUAAAAGCGUGGCUUGUGGUGAUCUUAGUAAAAAGAUUACUGUUGACGUAAAAGGUGAGAUUUUAGAUUUGAAGAACACAAUAAAUACUAUGGUGGAUCAGCUAUCUACCUUUGCCGCCGAAGUUACACGUGUAGCUCGUGAAGUAGGUACCGAAGGUAAACUCGGUGUCCAAGCUAAAGUUAAAGAUGUUAAAGGAACAUGGAAAGAAAUUACUUCAAACGUUAAUACUAUGGCUGCAAACCUGACAUCACAGGUGCGAGCUUUUGCUCAAAUUUCUACAGCUGCAACGGAUGGAGAUUUCACACAAUUUAUCACUGUUGAUGCAUCAGGUGAAAUGGAUUCUCUUAAGACUAAAAUAAAUCAAAUGGUUUACAGUCUUAGAGAGAGUAUAAAGAAGAAUUCCGAUGCAAGGGCAGCAGCAGAAUUAGCAAACAGAAGUAAAAGUGAAUUUUUAGCCAAUAUGUCACAUGAGAUACGAACACCAAUGAAUGGUAUUAUCGGGAUGACUGCAUUGACACUUGAAACUGAAUUGACACGACAACAACGUGAAAAUUUGAUGAUUGUUAGUUCUUUAGCUAAUUCCUUAUUGACAAUUAUUGAUGAUAUACUGGAUAUUUCCAAAAUUGAGGCAGGACGAAUGAAUAUUGAACAAAUUCCCUUCUCACUUCGUUCUGCAGUAUUUGGUGUUCUUAAAACGUUAGCUGUUAAAGCAAAUCAAAGAAAACUAGAUCUUAUAUAUAAUGUAGAUAAUGGAAUACCAGACCAACUUAUCGGUGAUCCUUUACGUUUGAGACAAGUUAUUACAAAUCUUAUUGGAAAUGCAAUCAAAUUUACCACAGAAGGAGAAGUUGUAUUAUCUGUGUCAUCUCAAUCAAUUGAAGAUGAUCAGGUGACGUUGAAGUUCUGUGUUAGUGACACUGGUAUUGGAAUCCGGGAAGAUAAGAUUGAUAUGAUAUUUGACACGUUUUGUCAAGCUGAUGGAUCAACCACAAGAAAAUAUGGGGGUACGGGAUUGGGACUAUCAAUAUCAAAACGACUUGUAUCAUUGAUGGGAGGUACUUUAUGGGUAAAAAGUGUUUUUGGACAUGGAUCAGAUUUCUUCUUUACGGUUAAGGUGACACUUGGUACAAUGACCAAGGAGCAUGUCAGUCAAAAAAUGGCACCUUGGUAUGGUCGACAUAUUUUGUUUGUUGAUACAUUACACGAUAAAACUGGAGUAGUUAAUAUUAUAGAAGACUUAGGACUCCGACCAAAGAUAGCUAGAUCAGUUGAAGAAACAGCAAUUAUCACCGCAUCUCGUAAAUCAGACACACCUUUGUUUGAUACAGUAAUUGUUGACGAUUUAAAUAUCGUCGAAAGGUUGCGAGAGAUCGCACAUUUGAGAUAUAUUCCAAUUGUAUUAUUAGCACCAAUGAUUCCAAAUCUAAAUAUGAAGAAUUGCAUUGAUCUUGGUAUUACAUCAUAUAGUAGUACACCUACAAGUACACCAGAUUUAAUGAAUGUUUUAUUACCCGCACUUGAAUCUUAUGCAUCAGUACCAAGCGAUUUUGCAGGACAACAACCAUUAGAAAUUUUAAUGGCUGAGGAUAAUAUUGUAAAUCAAAAAUUGGCACUCAAAAUAUUAGAAAAAUUCGGACAUAAAGUUGAAGUAGUGUCAAAUGGUAAAUUAGCUGUUGAACAAUUCAAAUGUAAACGUUAUGAUCUGAUUUUGAUGGAUGUACAAAUGCCAAUAAUGGGUGGAUUUGAAGCCACACAGAAAAUACGUGAAUAUGAACAAGACAAAGGUGGUCAUGUACCUAUUGUAGCGUUAACAGCUCACGCAAUGAUAGGUGACCGAGAGAAAUGCCUCUCAGCUGGAAUGGACGAAUAUGUUACAAAACCAUUAAGGACUAAUGAUCUAAUUGCUACAAUAAGUAAAUUUCUUGUAACAAAUCCAAUUGAAGAUGUAUCAUUAAUUUCCGAUCAUCGCAACGCACCUCAAGU